CGCGCCGCGGUGGUGACAGUCGCCAUUUUAUUUUGAAAAUCAAACUGAACUGGAGGCAUAGAGAUUCUUCCAUUUCGUCAAGUUUGUUGUGAGAAAACCAGAAGGGAUGAACACCUGAAUUACUUUCUUGGAAGCACGAUGCUGAUCUUGAUUUUAAACUGAAGGACCCUACUGAGCACCAGUAGCCCCCGAUUGGAUAACUAAUUUGGAAGCCCAACAUAUUAAACACCUUUUGGGGGGGGGGGAGCAGAAGUAACCUAUCACUGAAGUGACUAAAGGGGAAUAAUGGUGAUUUUGCGCCGUGCUCGGCCGCCUGCUUCCGCCCCAACCAGCAAUGAAUCUUGACUCGCUCUCGCUGGCUUUGUCUCAAAUCAGCUAUCUGGUGGACAAUUUAACAAAGAAAAAUUACCGAGCCAGCCAGCAAGAAAUACAGCAUAUUGUAAAUCGUCACGGCCCUGAGGCAGACAGGCAUCUACUACGCUGUCUCUUCUCCCAUGUGGAUUUCAGUGGCGAUGGUAAAAGCAGUGGCAAGGACUUUCACCAGACACAGUUUUUGAUCCAGGAGUGUGUGUCGCUGAUAUCCAAGCCAAACUUUAUCUCUACUCUGUGUUACGCCGUUGACAAUCCCCUGCAUUACCAGAAGAGUUUGAAGCCAUCGGCCCAUCUUUUCACUCAACUGAGUAAAGUUCUAAAACUCAGCAAGGUCCAAGAGGUGAUAUUUGGCCUUGCAUUACUCAACUCCAGCAACGCAGACCUUCGAGGUUUUGCUGCACAGUUCAUCAAGCAGAAACUUCCAGACCUCCUGCGGUCAUACGUUGACGCAGAUCUUGGAGGAAAUCAGGAAGGUGGCUUCCAAGACAUUGCCAUAGAGGUCUUGCACCUACUGCUGUCCCAUCUACUGUUUGGCCAGAAAGGAGCCAGUGGGGUUGGCCAAGAGCAGAUUGACGCCUUCCUCAAGACACUUUGUCGAGAUUUCCCCCAGGAGCGCUGCCCUGUGGUGCUUGCACCACUGCUGUACCCUGAAAAACGGGACAUUCUCAUGGAUAGGAUUCUGCCAGACUCGGGGGAGUUAGCUAAGACCAUGAUGGAGAGUUCUCUUGCAGAAUUCAUGCAAGAAGUUGGCUACGGCUUCUGUGCAAAUCUGGAUGAGUGCAGAAACAUAAUCAUCCAGUAUGGGGUGAGAGAGGUGACAGCCAGCCAGGUAGCCAGGGUUCUAGGCAUGAUGGCUCGUACACACUCCGGCCUAACUGAUGGGAUCCCACUACAGUCCAUCUCUGCCCCAGGCAGUGGUAUCUGGAGUGAUGGUAAAGAUAAGAACGAUGGUUCACAGGCACACACAUGGAACGUUGAAGUUCUCAUUGACGUUGUGAAGGAAGUGAAUCCAAACUUGAACUUCAAAGAGGUGACCUACGAACUCGACCACCCAGGCUUUAUAAUCCGGGACAGUAAAGGUCUGCAUAUGGUGGUGUAUGGCAUUCAGAGGGGGUUGGGUAUGGAGGUUUUCCCUGUCGAUCUCAUCUAUCGACCAUGGAAACACGCUGAGGGACAGCUGUCAUUCAUUCAGCACUCCCUGAUGAGUCCAGAAGUGUUCUGCUUUGCUGACUUCCCUUGCCACACUGUGGCUAUUGACAUCCUUAAGGCCCCACCAGAGGAUGACAAUAGGGAGAUUGCAACCUGGAAAAGUCUGGACCUUGUUGAGAGCUUGCUCAGGCUGUCUGAGGUGGGUCAGUAUGAGCAAGUGAAACAGCUUUUUGGAUUUCCAAUCAAGCACUGUCCGGAUAUGUUGGUGCUAGCGUUGCUGCAGAUCUCCACCUCCUGGCACACACUGCGCCAUGAACUCAUCUCAACCCUAAUGCCCAUCUUUCUGGGCAACCAUCCUAACUCUGCCAUUAUCCUGCACUAUGCCUGGCACGGACAGGGACAGUCUCCCUCCAUUCGUCAGUUAAUUAUGCAUUCAAUGGCUGAGUGGUACAUGAGAGGGGAGCAGUAUGACCAGGCCAAACUUUCUCGCAUCCUUGAUGUGGCCCAAGACCUGAAGUCUCUAUCGAUGCUGCUGAAUGGUACUCCAUUUGCCUUUGUUAUUGACCUUGCUGCACUUGCCUCUCGCCGUGAAUACCUCAAACUUGAUAAAUGGCUGACUGACAAAAUCAGAGAGCAUGGAGAACCUUUUAUCCAGGCAUGUGUGACAUUCCUGAAGAGGCGCUGUCCAUCCAUUAUGGGGGGUUUGGCCCCAGACAAGGACCAGCCUAAAAGCGCCCAACUCCCCCCGGAGACCUUAGCCACCAUGCUAGCCUGCCUGCAGUCCUGCGCAGGGAGCGUAUCCCAGGAGGUGUCAGAGACUAUCCUGACCAUGGUUGCCAACUGCAGCAAUGUAAUGAAUAAAGCCCGGCAGCCACCACCUGGGGUAAUGCCGAAAGGACGCGCCCCCAGCACCAGCAGCCUGGAUGCCAUCUCUCCUGUACAGAUGGACCCUCUAUCAGGCAUGGGUUCUUUAAACCUUGGGGGCACAGCCACCUCCCACACUCAAAGCAUGCAGGGUUUCCCAACCUCACUGAGUUCAGCUUUUAGUAAUCCCCAAUCCCCAGCAAAAGCUUUCCCACCACUUUCAAACCCCAACCCCAGCACACCAUUUGGGGGCAUAGGCAGCCUGUCCUCGCAGCUCCCUGGCAUGGACUCUGGUCCCUUGGGCUCAGGCAUUGGCUCAGGCAUUGGCUCAGGCAUUGGCUCAGGCAUUGGCUCAGGCAUCGGCUCAGGCAUCGGCUCAGGCAUCGGCUCAGGCAUCGGUUCUGGUCUGGGUUCUGGUCUGGGAAUACCAACAGUGAAUACCGAUCCAUUUGGUACCAGGAAGAUGAGCACACCGGGCCUGAACCCACCUACCUUUCAGCAGACUGACCUGUCUCAGGUGUGGCCGGAGGCUAACCAGCACUUUAGCAAGGAGAUAGAUGAUGAAGCAAACAGUUAUUUCCAGCGCAUCUACAACCACCCACCUCACCCAACUAUGUCUGUGGAUGAAGUACUGGAGAUGCUGCAGAGGUUCAAGGAUUCAACUAUCAAGCGGGAACGAGAGGUUUUCAACUGCAUGCUGCGGAACUUGUUUGAGGAGUACCGAUUCUUCCCCCAGUACCCAGACAAGGAGCUGCACAUCACUGCCUGCCUUUUUGGUGGCAUUAUUGAGAAGGGUCUUGUGACCUACAUGGCCCUUGGUUUGGCCCUCCGAUAUGUUCUUGAAGCCUUAAGAAAACCCUACGGAUCCAAAAUGUAUUAUUUUGGAAUUGCAGCCCUAGAUAGGUUCAAGAACAGACUAAAGGACUACCCUCAAUAUUGUCAACAUCUGGCUUCAAUUGCCCACUUCUUGCAAUUCCCCCACCAUUUACAAGAGUGUGUGCAGUAUAUCGAGUAUGGCCAACAGUCACGGGACCCCCCGGUGAAGAUGCAAGGCUCCAUCACCACCCCUGGCAGUCUGGCACUGGCACAUGUACAAGCUCAGUCACAACCGGGUGGACCCAAACCCCCGCAGCCAGGUCAGCCCAGCACCUUAGUCACCACUGCAACAACUACAACAACAGUGGCAAAGACCACCACCAUUACAAGACCAACACCCAGCACCUUCAAGAAGGAUGUACCUCCCUCUAUCAACACAACCAACAUUGAUACCUUGCUGGUGGCUACUGACCAAACAGAAAGGAUUGUAGAGCCUCCAGAAAAUGUCCAGGAGAAGAUUGCUUUUAUCUUCAACAAUCUUUCUCAGUCAAACAUGACACAGAAGGUUGAGGAGUUGAAAGAGACGGUGAAGGAGGAGUUUAUGCCCUGGGUGUCUCAGUAUCUGGUGAUGAAGCGUGUCAGUAUUGAGCCCAACUUCCACAGCCUCUAUUCCAACUUUCUGGAUACUCUGAAGAACCCUGAGUUUGUAAAGAUGGUCCUGAAUGAGACCUAUAGGAAUAUCAAGGUUCUGUUGACCUCUGACAAGGCGGCUGCCAAUUUCUCUGAUCGCUCCCUGCUGAAGAACCUGGGCCACUGGUUGGGCAUGAUUACACUGGCCAAAAACAAACCCAUUCUUUAUACAGAUCUUGAAGUGAAAUCUCUACUAUUGGAAGCCUAUUUGAAAGGCCAGCAGGAGCUGCUGUAUGUGGUUCCCUUUGUUGCCAAGGUUUUGGAAUCCAGUCUUCGCAGCAUGGUUUUCAGGCCCCAGAAUCCCUGGACCAUGGCCAUCAUGAAUGUUCUUGCUGAACUUCAUCAAGAACAUGACCUCAAGCUUAACCUGAAGUUUGAGAUUGAAGUUCUGUGCAAGAACUUGUCUCUGGACAUCAAUGACCUGAAGCCAGGGACCUUGCUGAAGGACAAGGAGAAGCUGAAGAGUCUGGAGGAGCAGCUGUCUGCACCAAAGAAGGAGACAAAGCCUCCGGAAGAGAUGUUGCCGGUUUCUACCACAGGAGACUUUGUUCCAUUUGCAGCUCCUCCAUCAACCCCAGCUGCCACCACAACCACUUGCACAACCACAGGGCCCCCCACCCCCCAGUUCAGCUACCACGACAUUAAUGUGUAUGCCUUGGCAGGCCUUGCGCCACACAUCAAUAUUAAUGUCAAUAUCCCUCUGCUCCAGGCCCAUCCUCAGUUGAAGCAGUGCGUACGGCAGUCAGUAGAGCGAGCUGUCCAGGAGCUGGUGCACCCAGUAGUUGACCGCUCUAUCAAAAUUGCUAUGACAACCUGUGAGCAGAUCAUCAGGAAGGACUUCGCUCUGGAUUCUGAGGAGUCCCGCAUGCGUGUGGCUGCCCACCAUAUGAUGAGAAACCUGACUGCCGGCAUGGCCAUGAUCACCUGCAGGGAGCCCCUGCUCAUGAGCAUUGCCACCAACCUCAAAAACAGCUUUGCUGCUGCACUAAGGGCACCAACACCUCAACAGAGGGAAAUGAUGGAGGAGGCUGCAGCCAGGGUUGCCCAAGAUAACUGUGAACUGGCGUGCUGCUUUAUUCAGAAAACAGCCGUGGAGAAGGCUGGUCCUGAAAUGGACAAGAGACUUGCCACGGGGUCUCCUCUCUUCCAGGAGUUUGAGCUGAGGAAGCAUGCACGUCAAGAGGGACGCCGCUAUUGUGAUCCCGUUGUUCUGACUUACCAGGCUGAGCGUAUGCCUGAGCAGAUCAGACUCAAGGUGGGAGGAGUGGACCCUAAACAACUGGCAGUAUAUGAGGAGUUUGCAAGGAAUGUUCCAGGUUUCUUACCCAGCAAUGAUCUCUCCCAACCCACUGGCUUCUUGGCUCAGCCCAUGAAGCAACAGGCAUGGGCCACAGACGAUGUGGCUCAGAUCUAUGAUAAAUGCAUGGCAGACUUGGAGCAGCAUCUUCAUGCCAUCCCUCCAGCUCUUGCUAUGAACCCCCUGACACAGGCUCUGCGCAGCCUGCUGGAAGCUGUGGUCUUGGCCAGAAACUCCAGAGAUGGCAUUGCUGCACUUGGCCUGCUGCAGAAGGCUGUAGAAGGUCUUCUUGAUGCUACUAGUGGGGCUGAUGCCGACUUGCUGCUCCGCUACAGGGAGUGCCACCUGCUUGUCCUUAAAGCUCUACAGGAUGGACGUGCCUAUGGACCACAGUGGUGCAAUAAGCAGAUCACCAGGUGUCUGAUUGAAUGCCGUGACGAGUACAAAUACAACGUAGAAGCAGUUGAGCUUCUGAUCAGGAACCAUCUUGUGAACAUGCAGCAGUAUGACCUACACCUGGCACAGUCGAUGGAAAAUGGACUGCACUACAUGGCCGUUGCUUUUGCCAUGCAGUUGGUGAAGCUGCUGCUGGUGGAUGAACGCAGUGUGAGCCAUGUCACAGAGGCUGACCUCUUUCACACAAUCGAGACCUUAAUGAGGACCUGUGCACACUCCAGAGCAAACGCACCUGAGGGGCUUCCCCAACUGAUGGAUGUUGUUCGCUCCAACUAUGAGGCCAUGAUUGACCGGGCCCACGGUGGACCCAACUUCAUGAUGCACUCUGGGAUUUCCCAGGCUUCAGAGUAUGAUGAUCCUCCAGGCCUGAGGGAGAAGGCAGAGUACCUCCUCAGGGAAUGGGUCAACCUGUAUCACUCAGCUGCAGCUGGCAGGGACAGCACCAAAGCUUUCUCUGCAUUUGUUGGCCAGAUGCACCAGCAGGGAAUCCUGAAGACAGAUGACCUGAUCACAAGGUUCUUCCGGCUGUGCACAGAAAUGUGUGUGGAGAUCAGCUAUCGGGCACAAGCUGAGCAGCAGCACAACCCAGCAGCCAGUGCAGCCAUCAUCAGAGCCAAGUGUUACCACAACCUGGAUGCCUUUGUUAGGCUGAUAGCCCUGCUGGUCAAACAUUCAGGAGAGGCCACAAACACAGUGACAAAAAUUAACCUCCUCAACAAGGUGCUGGGUAUUGUAGUUGGGGUGUUGAUCCAGGACCACGAUGUCCGUCAGACAGAAUUCCAACAGCUGCCCUACCAUCGCAUUUUCAUCAUGCUGCUGCUGGAGCUCAACGCUCCUGAACAUGUCCUGGAGACCAUUAACUUCCAGACACUCACAGCUUUCUGCAAUACCUUCCACAUCCUGAGACCCACCAAAGCACCUGGCUUUGUGUACGCCUGGCUGGAACUCAUCUCCCAUCGAAUCUUCAUCGCCAGGAUGCUUGCACACACACCCCAGCAGAAGGGUUGGCCCAUGUAUGCACAGCUGCUGAUUGAUCUCUUCAAAUACCUGGCCCCGUUCCUGAGGAAUGUAGAGCUCAACAAACCUAUGCAAAUCCUCUACAAGGGCACACUGCGAGUGCUCCUGGUCCUGCUGCAUGACUUCCCAGAGUUCCUGUGUGACUAUCAUUACGGCUUCUGUGAUGUUAUCCCACCCAACUGCAUUCAGCUCCGCAACCUCAUCCUCAGUGCCUUUCCACGCAACAUGAGGCUCCCUGACCCUUUCACACCCAAUCUCAAGGUGGACAUGCUGAGUGAGAUCAACAUUGCACCCCGUAUCCUCACCAACUUCACAGGCGUCAUGCCCUCCCAGUUCAAGAAAGACCUGGACUCGUAUCUGAAGACUCGAUCCCCUGUCACUUUCUUGUCUGAGCUGCGUAGCAACCUGCAGGUGUCUAAUGAGCCAGGAAACCGUUACAACAUCCAGCUGAUCAAUGCUCUAGUGUUGUAUGUGGGCACACAGGCAAUUGCUCACAUUCAUAACAAGGGCAGCACCCCCUCCAUGAGCACCAUCACCCACUCUGCACACAUGGACAUCUUCCAGAACCUAGCUGUGGACCUGGACACUGAGGGGCGUUACCUGUUCUUGAAUGCAAUCGCCAAUCAGCUGCGCUACCCCAACAGCCACACUCACUACUUCAGCUGCACCAUGCUGUAUCUGUUUGCGGAGGCCAACACUGAGGCCAUCCAGGAGCAGAUCACCAGGGUUCUGCUGGAGAGGCUGAUUGUGAACAGGCCUCACCCAUGGGGUCUCCUCAUCACCUUCAUCGAGCUGAUAAAGAAUCCUGCCUUCAAGUUCUGGAGCCAUGACUUUGUGCACUGUGCCCCCGAGAUUGAAAAGCUGUUCCAGUCAGUGGCCCAGUGCUGCAUGGGACAGAAGCAGGCCCAGCAGGUGAUGGAGGGCACCGGUGCCAGCUAGCCUGUGUACCAGCCAGCUUGUAGCCCUCGGGAGAGAUGCCACGGCCUUGACCCACUCCCCCCCACCUCUCAUGCACACACACAUACACACCUCUCCCACUGUACUGUUGGCACUGGAUAAACUGGCACCCACAGUCAUUCGAGAUGUGGAUCAAAGGACUACUGCUCAUGGAUCUGAGGAGUUAAAUUUUUGUUGUUCCCUUUGGGGCUGAAUUGAAACGGAGAGAAUGGAUUGAGACAUACUGUUUAAUAUACUUUUUUUGAUGCUUUGUUGUAAAUAUUGGAACAAAGGGAGAACGGGAGCAUAGAUAAGGGGAGAGCGAUGCACAUGUCAAAUAAAAUGUAUUAUGACAUGUACAGACAUAUUUUCACUCACUACCAAAGUCCUUGGUUUGCUUUCCCCCCACACAAAUCCUGUUUUCUUCUGAGUUUUGUUUUUUGCUUUCAGAGGCUGAAUGGUAGAUGAUUGAAGAAGAAAAAAGCUGCCUGCUACUUUCAUUUGAUUCCUUUUUAUCCCUGAGUGGGACAGGAAGAUGGAGUUCAGACUCCCAGGUGGGGUGGAAGUCUGCUCCUGGUGUGUUGGUGGAGACAGAUUGCUGACAGUUUGUCGAUUUUGAAGUUGGCUCUGGAAGUCUCUCCCUGGCACUUGUAAAUUGUUCAAAGUGAUGGUUACAUCGUAUCUUGACAAUUUGUACAAAGAUCCAAAUUGAAGAACAACAAUGGAAGGACCAAUACAGCCCAUUUUGUAACAUUUUGAAUGUUUUGUAAAUGUAUUGGUCCAUGUGUUGUAUUUUGUAGUCCUUUCUAGUUUGCCUUUAGUUCUUGCUACUUAACUGCAGUAUGCGUACAUACAGGAAAUAAAGCAUUCAAACUGCAA